AUGUCAGGUACCAAAGACGAAUCUGAUGUUGAAGCAAGUAAUAAUUUAUCUAAUGAAAAAAUAAUUGAUGAUGUUGUCGAGUCAUGUAAAAAAUUAAAUGUUGAAAACCAAAGUGAUAAUUGUGAUUCUAAAGAGGCAAAUGAACAUGAUGAUGUCGAUGAAGAUGCCAUCGAUGAAAUUCGUCUUAAGGAGUUAGAUAAUGCAAGCAGUCGAGAAGAGUUACAGGAAAGAAAAGAAUUAGGAAUUAAAAUUAAAGAAGAAGGAAACACUUUAUUUAAAAAUGGAGAAUAUGAAUCUGCGAUAAAAAAAUAUUCUCAAGCUUUAAAUACAUGUCCUUUAGAAUUUGUCGAAGAAAGAGCAGUUUUAUAUGCUAACAGAGCAGCAGCAAAGUUAAAAAAUGGUUUAAAUAAAGAAGCUAUUGAUGAUUGUUCAAAAGCUUUGGAAUUAAAUCCUAAUUAUGUGAAAGCCUACAUAAGGAGAGCUAAACUAUAUGAAGAAUGUGAUAAGUUGGAUGAAGCUUUAGAAGAUUAUAAAAAAAUUUUAGAGUUUGACCCUGGAUAUAGUGAAGCAAUCGCAGCGACAAUGAGGUUGCCAGAAGAAAUAAAUAAAAGAAAUGAAAAACUUAAAACUGAAAUGUUAAGUUCAUUAAAAGAAUUAGGAAAUAAACUGUUGAAACCAUUUGGACUUUCCACUGAUAAUUUUCAACUUCAGCAAGAUCCCAAUAGCGGUGGAUAUUCUAUUAAUUUUACACAAAAUAAAAAAUGA